AUAAGAGUCUAUGUCUGGAUCAUUAUUGCUGUGAUUAUUAUAUUUCUAGCACUAGCUUGUUUGGGAGCAGUUCUUUUAAGCCUUAUUGAUAGAGUGUGUAGCAUUUCAUUUCUUAAACAACCAUGCAGGAAGACACAUAAUGGCCAUAUUCCAGGAUUACAAAGCAAAAUAUAUCAGGCUUAAACUGUGAAAGAAUGAUUGAGAGUGAGCAUGAAGAAUCAAAGUCUGUGGGAUGUGCUGGAAUAGACUUCACAGAAUGCUUGACUCUUGCAUUGUCAGUACAAGAUCUUGGCCAAAAAUUGAUGCACCUCUUGAUGGAAAUAACAUCACACUGUUUAUUUCCAAAGAACUGUUCCUAUACAUAUAACAUGCAAGAAACAAAAUAAUGAAGAGAAACUAUAACUGCACACUCUCUUAAGCACACACAAACGCCUCGGCAAAGUUUCCUCCUUCAACGUGCACAUCAAAAGGUCUGUUUGUUUUGCUAAGCACAUAAUAAAUAAUCACAGCAAUAAUGAUCCAGUCAUAGUCUCUUAAGUAUUUGCCUAUUUGAAUCAAAACAGUGAUUUAAGGUUUAAGAUUCUACACUACUUCUAUAUUUAAUUAAAUAAUUAAAGUAGUUCACUCAUACAUACAGCUAUGGCCAUUAUGAUCACAAAAUAAUCACAAUAGAUGAAUUUGUUUAGAUGAAUUUGAUAGAUCUGUUUAAAUUGGUCAAUGUAAUGGAAACACAGCCCCUUCUGAUAAAAAUCUAUAAAAAUCUUGAGUCACUUGUUCAGCCAGUCUAACUAGUUUUGUUCAUAUUUGUUGUGCACACAAGAAUAAUAUUCUUCAUUUCACUGUCAGCUCUUCUGCUGUGAUGAGAACAAAGGGAGGGUUAUGAAUAAGAAAGUGCAGCAAUGGCUACAUGUGAAGCAAGUGAAUUUGGAGCCCAGUUUCUCUUUGAUUUGAGGAUUGUGCUAUUGGGAAACAGAGCAGCAGGGAAAACCUCUUUGGCAAACCUAAUAACAGGUCGUGCAGAGCCUCAUCUAAGGAGAACGGCCCAGUGUGUGAAGACGCAUGGAGAUUUUGCCGGAAGGCAGGUCACUGUAGUUGAUACGCCGGGCUGGUGGAAGAACUACCUUGUAAAAGAAACCCCUACAUUUCAAAAACAAGAGAUUGUGCUUAGCGUAGCUCAUUGUCCUCCUGGGCCCCAUGCGGUUCUGCUGGUCAUCCGUGUCGACGCUUUAUUCAAAGAAAAACACAGGAGGUCGGCGCAGGAACACCUGGAGCUUCUGAGCGAGAGAGUCUGGAAUCACACUAUAGUUGUGUUCACAUAUAGAGACCAGCUACAGGAACAAGCUCUAGGAAAGCACAUUGGAAGUGAAGGGGAGUCUCUUCUGCUCUGGAUAGUGGAGAAAUGUGGACACAGAUAUCAUGUUCUUAACACCGAGAGAGCUACCGGUACGCAGCUUACAGGACUACUGGAGAAAAUAGACGCGAUGGUCGUGGGAAACGGUGGCUGUCAUUUUGAAAUGGACAGAAAAUGGUUGCAUGAGGUGGAAGGAAUGAUGACAAAGAGAUACAUGAGAGCAAACCAGAGGAGGAAGAUGUUACAAGAACAAUGGGGGACUCCGCUUGUACGGCAAGGUUACAAGCAAGUCCAGAUUUCUAAGAUGAGGAUGAUUGUGUUAGGUUUCCGAAGAGCUGGGAAGAGUUCAGCCGGAAACACCAUUUUGAGUAUGGCGACAUUCAUCUCGAAGAGAACCACCACGUGUGCGAGAAGACAAGGCGAUGUGAACGGGACAAAUGUGAUUAUAGUGGACACUCCAGGCUGGUGGAAGUCUCUCCCAGUUAUUGACACUCCUGAACUGGAUAAAAUGGAACUUUUAUCCAGCAUGUCUCUAUGUUCACCAGGUCCACACGUGCUUCUGCUGACCCUACGUGUAGACGUGUCAUUCACAGCAGAAGAGAAGGAAUCAGUGGAGGAGCACAUGGAGCUUCUUGGAGAGAGUGUGUGGGCUCAUACCGUAGUGCUGUUCACCCAUGGAGAUUGCCUGGGGGAUGUGACUGUAGAGGAGUUCAUUGAGAGCGAAGGGGAGGCUCUACAAUGGCUAAUUGAGAAAUGUGGGAACAGAUAUCAUGUCCUCAACAAUGAGAACUGGAAUGAUGGCAGUCAGGUCACAAACCUGCUGGAGAAGGUAGAGAAGAUGGUGGCACAAAAUAGGGGCCAUUAUUAUGAAAUUGACCCUAAAACUCUAAAGGAAGUGAAGCAGAAAUGGAAAACAGCAGAAAAGAAAGCAAAGGCACGAGCAAAGAAACAGAGACAGACCAGGAAGAUGAAGAGUGCAAUGAAGGAUAUCGGAAAGAAUUUAUCAGAAUUUUGUCUUGUGCUUCUGGGUUAUGGAGAAGCUGGGAAGAGUUCAACAGGGAACACUAUCCUCGGCCAACAGGUGUUUGGAUCAAGAAGAACAGCCCAGUGUGUUCAGAGGCAUGGAGAGGUUGGAGGACAGCAGGUCAACAUCAUAGACACCCCUGGCUGGUGGAAGAAUCUGCCCAUAGAACAAACUCCUGAACUGAAUAAAGAUGAAAUCACACACAGUCUAUCUCUAUCCACUUCUGGUCCAGUAGCUUUCAUUUUGGUCCUUCGCGUCGACUGUUCCUUUAAAGAGAAGGAGCUGAAGGCAAUGGAAGACCAUUUGAGGCUUUUGGGCUCCAUGGUUUGGGAUCGCAGUAUAGUUCUGUUCACUUUUGGGGACCUGCUCGGAGACCGAGCCAUUGAGCAGCAUAUUGAAUGUGAAGGGAAAGCUCUGCAGUGGCUUGUUGACAGAUGUGGAAACAGGUAUCAUGUUUUUAAUAAUAAGGCCAAGGGUGAGAACCACCAGGUCAGAGAGCUUCUGGAAAAGAUACAGGAGAUGAUUGCAGCAAACAAAGGGUGUGAUGACAUGGACAUGCAGGUGCUUCAAGAGGUGACGGAGAGGAGGAAGGUGGAGGAAGACAGAGCAAACACCAGACUGAAGACGCAUGGACGAGGAGAAGAAGAUGAAUUAGAUGAUGAAUUUGAUGACAGUGACGAAAAUGAAGUUUUUUUAGUCGACAGCUUGGAGAUACGGCCAUAUGAGAUGUGAAUUUUAGGGGGGAAGCUACAAAGUUGUGUAAAUCAUUUUCAUAGUGGUUUUGUUUUCUAGUAGAAAUAUCAAAACAUACUUAAAACAAGAUAAAAUAUGAUUUAUUAAAUUAUUAUUAUUGCUAUUAUUUUUAGAGAAUACUUAAUCUAUUUUAUAUAAUCUAUAUCAUAUCAUGUUUUAUCCUAUGUCUUAUCACUGUUUUCUUGUUUUAAGCAUAAAUAUAAAAAAAAAAAAAAAAACAUGAAAUGUAAUAUUUGUUUUAAGCAAGUAAUUGUAUUUAGUUUUAAGGGUGUUCAUUUUUUGUAUCUUAUUUUUUUCUUUAUAUGUAUUAUAUAUAUCUUAUGUAUCUUUUUACAAUGAAACAUUAUAUGGUGACAUUUAUAUUUCACAAAGACAUUUUUCAAGCGUGCAAUAUAUAUCUGAAAUAUGUAGAGGGCACUGGGGUCUGUUUUUAAAAUGUAGAAAUGUGGAAAUGUAUUCAUCUGGAAAUCCGUUGCCGUAUCUUUACUCUCAUAAUGCACAGACCCCUUAGCGUCAAGAAUAUUAAAAUUUGAUACAUUUGCACAACACAUUGCUGUAGGCAAAGUGGCACACAUUCAGGAAGAAUAUGCAAAUGAAAUGCCAAAACACAAUAUUUCAAAAAAUAAACAAAGAAACAAACAACUAAACAAAUAAAUAAAUGACAAACAACAUCCAAGGGGAAAGCACGGCAAGAGGAAACAAUGCUAAUGCAAGUCACUGUGGAUAACAAUGACGCUUUAAGGCUCUUGUUUCUGGUAGAUGAAGUGAGUGAAGGGAGAUUUCAGACAACAGCACCUCAUACAGCCAGAGGCUUUGAUACUCCUGUUCAUCAUUCACCAUUGGGAGGAUGUUUGCUUUUGACUCAUAUUCACCCACAUAGAUACAUAAUCAAUGUGAGGUGUUUCCAUCCUUUGUCAUCAAAACUACUUGAAGUGGCUAUUUUCGCUUUGGGGUAUAUUUUUUGCUCAAGUACUAGACUACUCUAUCCAUCUUCAUUAGUAUUUCUGACCUUAAAAUAAGUUUUGUAUUUUCUGUUUUUGCUAUUGAAUUUAAUAAUACCCUAUAUUUCAUAGCUAUUCAACAAAUGUUGGUUUCUUUUUUUUUUUUUUUUUUUUUUUUUAAUCAGUAUAAGUUAAAUUGAUGUGCUUUUGUAUUUAAACGCAGAGUUUUUCACACUUUAAAGUGACAUUUGAUUUAUUGAAUUUAGUAGGCCAAAUGUGUUAUAAUUUAAAAAUGAAAAUCCAGUCAUUGGCCAUUUCAAACCUGAAUGCAUAGUGAAUAAUGGCUUCAAUUUCAGUCAUUUCAUCACACAAAGGUAUUGCUGUAGAAGACUUUAAAAUAGUAGUAUGGACUAAUUUUAUGCUUUUUUUUUUUUUUUCCUUUUUUUUUUUCCUUUUGUUCACUAUAAACUGACAUAAUAUGGACAAAUAUGUGAUUUUUUGUAUUCCAAAGAGAAAAUAACAGCAUACAUGUUUGAAAUUACAUUAGAGUAAAUAAAUAAUGCCAGAAUUUUCAUUUUUGGGUAAACAAUUCUAUUAAUCAUAGCAAAGGUCAUAUCAAAGUGUAAGCAUUUUCUGUACUGUAACUGUAUCCUGGCUAGCCUUAGAAUGGCCUAAUUUUCUUUUAAUCACAAUGUAUGUGAUAAAACAAAAAAGACAGAUAACAGAUAUUUUUAGCAGGUUACUCAUGCUAAAAGAUGAACAGAGAGGUAACAGAAACGAUGACAAGGAAAAGUUUGAAAAAUGAAGAAACUGAAAAGGGCAAAGCUGAGAAAUGUCAAGGAAGAGGAUGAAAGCUGUGAAAGGAGAACAAAGUGAGAUUACAGAAUGAGAUUGAAUGAAGCCUCAAAAGAUGACGGAGUUGGUCUUGCUACACUGAGUUGGGCCUUCAAACUGUAUCCAUUCUCUCCCUCACACACACACACACACACACACACACACACACACACACACACACACACACACACACACAGUGUUUCAAGAAAUUACACAUGAAUAAUUCAUGUUUUCAACUUUACUCAGGCCAACCAAGACUGUAUAAUUAAUUGAGGCUCCUUUUACAGGGGACUGGAAUUAGGAGGGAUUGUUUAAGAUGGGCAAGCCAUGAGAGGGCAGGGCAUGUUUAAUAUCAUAAUCAUGUAUGGCGGCACUAAGUGGUCAUGAAAUCAAUAUAUGCCUUCUGUAUCUUUUCAAAUUAUUAUAAAGUCAAAUGCUGUUCUUCUAAUCAAACUUUAUAGUACUUUAGUGUAAAUUCUUCUGUCAUUUGAUAAUAUUUGGCCAAUUGCUUCAUCGAUGUAUGGCUGGUAGAUCACACAUGUGUGGUUGUUUAUGCAUUUUCAGAAUUGUCAGCAUUCAUAUCCUCUUUCAAUAAAUUUGCAUAUAAUUGUGUCUACUUAUUUACUCAAUAUUCGCUUUGUGCUAUAUGUCAGUGUAUUGCAAAAAAUAUAUGCUUAAAAUACCCUGGCAUCUGCUCUGUAUGUGAAUGAAACACAUUGUGUCUUUAUCUGUUGAAAUCUGCUAGCUUUAAGCAGAUUAUACCUAUUAAUUGUCAAUUUAAUGGUAUUAUGUUGUCUAAGUAUCAGACAAAAUUUCCUUUAUUUUCUGUUUGGGUGUAAAAAUCGA